CUCUCACUCCAAAAAAGAAUUCAGCACCAAUUGGACUUCACAUAACCUCGGCCGACAUUUCUCAAUCGGACAUACCACAAGUGACUCCUCAUUGACAGUGACACCCUCACUUGUCUGUCUUCACUCAGAACUUCACCACCACCACCACCACCACCAAAACCACCAAGGCAGGAGACCCUCCUGUCACCAACCAUGGCCCCGGAACUCUCCUCCAACUGGAAGAAGUUGCAAGAAAAGCUCAAGGCCCCUCAACCAACCAAAUCAGCUCCCAUCAGCCAAGAAGCCGCCUUCAAGCAAGCCAUUUCCAAAAAGUCCAUCUCUUCCGAGACCCUCAAGCGCAAGGCCGAGGAGAGCCAACAACAACAGAUUUCCAACCCUUCCAAGAAGCCAAAAAGACAAAAGUCCCAAACCCAGUCUCAACCCAGCCAGAAACCAACAGAAGAAAAAAUGGGCGGCAACGUCCAAUCCAAGCCCACCACCUCCUCCUCUCCAAACAGCACCCUCCCCUCCCUCCACCUCUGGGCCGACGAACAAGGCAUCUCCUCUGAAUCCCUCGCCGAAGCAUACAACCUUGGUCUCCGCAGCACCUCCUCUUCAUCUUCACACAUCCCUCUCCUCUCCACCCUCCCCCCCGCCAUCCCCAACGCAGGCCUCACUCUCCCCGGCCAAUCUUCUUCUUCUUCUUCUUCUUCUUCCACCUCUUCCACCCCAAGCAACAAAAAUGGCCUCCCCUUACCAACCGACCUUCCCUCAUCCCUCACCCUCUCCAACGGUCUCACACUCGACACCUCCACCACCACCGACCUCGCUCUAAUCCUGCAAGCAACCAAAUCCAACACGCUCGGCAAAUACCUCUCCAUCGACUGCGAAAUGGUCGGCACCGGUCCUUCCGGCGUCACCAGUGUCCUAGCGCGAUGCUCCAUCGUCGACUUCCACGGGCACCAAAUUUACGACUCGUACGUUCGCCCCACUGCUUUCGUAACCGACUGGCGCACGCACGUAUCAGGCAUUUCCAAGCGCCACAUGGCGUCCGCUAGGUCGUUUGAGUCCGUACAAGCGACUGUGGCUGCCCUUUUGAAAGGUCGGAUAUUGGUGGGUCAUGAUGUCAAGCAUGAUUUGGAGGUGUUGGGGUUUGAGCAUCCGCAUCGGGAUAUUAGGGAUACGGCCAAGUACAGUGGGUUUCGUAAGUACGGACAUGGGCCGAAGCCAAGUUUGCGGGUGUUGGCCAAGGAGGUGUUGGGCAUCGAGAUUCAUCAGGGACAGCAUAGUAGUGUGGAGGAUGCGAGGGUGGCCAUGUUGUUGUUUAGAAAGGAGAAGCAUGGCUUUGAUAUGGAGAAUAGUAAUCGGUAUGAGGAGGGGCAGGCCAAGAAAGGAGGUAAUGGUGGUGGUGGAGGAGGAAAGAAGAAGAAGGGCAAGAAGUGAAGAGAUGGAAGGAGGGAGGAGUCUAUUAGGUCUAAGGUGCCUAUCCGCCUUUACCUGGAUAUCAUGUUUGCAUCCCCAGAUUCUCUUGUAAAGCAAAAUCUAUCUUGUCCUUGACAUCGAUCGUCGUUUUCUUGCUUCG